UACCACGUCGCCAUCUUCAGAUUCCGUGUCUGGGACGGGAACGGCUGGGGUCGGGGCGGGGCCUACAGGCACUGGCGGCGGCCCGGGAUCAAGGAGGGUCAUGGAUGAGGAAGAGGAGAGAGAUGCUGUGUUUUACCGACUUGAGAUGCUGGGAUACCGCGUCGGCCAGGGGCUGGUGGAAAGGUUCUCCCGCGACAGACCACGCUUCAACGACACCCUCGAUGUGAUCAAGUUCGUCUGCAAGGACCUGUGGACAUUGGUGUUCCGAAAACAGGUGGACAAUCUGAAGACAAAUCAUCGAGGAGUCUACGUCCUGACAGACAAUCUGUUCCGACCCUUCUCGAGAAUGAGCACGAGUCCUGGCGUAAACGCAGUGCCUCGCGCGGAGCCGUUCCUCUGGUUCCCUUGUGGUAUUGUACGAGGCGCGUUGGCGGCCAUGGGCAUCAACGCCACGGUGCAGGCCGAGACGACGGAGUUGCCUCAGGCAAUAUUCCAGAUCAAAACGGUACCGACAAAGUCAUAGUUUUUCUAUCUUCGCUACGGUUCUACAGAUCUAUUUUACGUCUUGUUUUUCAAAUCACAAAAAGCGGGCAGUCACAGAGGAGCAUUAUUCACAGAGAGAUAGACAGGGCGAGGACUUUCGGCGUUUGGACGGCGUUCAUUUCUGCGGGCGGGCGCUUUUAUACCCUAUCUUCUAAACGAG